AUGGAACAUCACAAUGAGACCUCUACCGACUUCAUCCUCCUGGGCCUGUUCCCCCCAUCAAGCCUUGGCCUUUUCCUCUUCACUCUCACUGUCCCCAUCUUCCUGAUGGCCCUGGCUGGCAACCUGAGCAUGGUCCUGCUCAUCCUCCUGGAUGCCCAGCUCCACACACCCAUGUAUUUCCUGCUCAGCCAGCUCUCCCUCAUGGACCUCAUUUACAUCUGCACCACUGUGCCCAAGAUGGCUUCCGGUUUCCUCUUUGGAAACAAGUCCAUCUCCUUCAUCGGGUGUGGGUUGCAGACUUUCUUUUUUGGGACUUUAGCAGGUUCAGAAGCACUGAUCCUGAUGUCUAUGGCCUAUGACCGUUAUGUGGCUAUCUGCUUCCCUCUGCAUUACCCCAUCCGCAUGAGCAGAAGAGUGUGUGUGCUGAUGAUCCUGGGGUCCUGGGCAAUGGGUGUUGUCAACUCCUCUGCUCACACAGUCUAUGCCCUCCAUAUCCCUUACUGCAGGUCCAGAACCAUCAAUCAUUUUUUCUGUGAUAUCCCAGCUAUGCUGACUCUGGCCUGUGUGGACACCUGGGUCUAUGAGUACACUGUGUUUGUGAGUGCCUUCUUCUUUCUCCUGUUCCCUUUCCUGGUCAUCCUGGGUUCCUACAUGAAAGUGCUCCUCGCUGUCUACCGCAUGCACUCACGGGAAGGCAGGAAGAAGGCCUAUUCCACCUGCAGUGCCCACCUCACUGUGGUGACCUUCUUCUAUGUGCCUUUUGUUUUCACUUAUCUCCGCCCAAAGUCCUUCCGGUCUCCAGCAGAGGACAAGGUGGUGGCUGUCUUCUACACCGUCCUCACCCCAGUGCUCAACCCUGUGAUCUACAGCCUGAGGAACAAGGAGGUGCUGGGGGCCCUGGGAAGAGUGGCUGUGAAGUUCUGCUCUACAACAAUGUAG